UAUCAAUCAAAACAGGGGCAUUUCCGGAAUCCCACACCCUACAGUUUUUUGUUCUCUUCUCUCUCUUUUUAAAUACUACUAGGAAAAGCUAGAUAGAUCAUUGCUAGAUAUAUAGCAAUGGAAUGAACAAACACCCCAACCAACAUUCACACAGUUCACACAUCUCGUCAACCCACCGCUGUGUGUGUGCGUGUUUUAUUUUUUUGGUUUUAUCUUUCUUUUUUUUUUUAACAAACAUAAUGGACCCUGAUGCUUUCACGUUGGCGAGCUUGUUCAAAUGGGAUCCAAGGAGUUCCCUGCCACCACCACCACCAAACCGGCUAGUACUCGAAAGCGCGGUGGCGACGGUGCCUCCGCCGCCGGCAGUUUUCCCAGUCCGGCAGAGAGAAGUUGUUGUUGGGCUUGGUGGGCUGGAGGAUUUGUUUCAAGCCUACGGAAUAAGAUAUUACACGGCGGCCAAGAUUGCUGAACUGGGUUUUACUAUGAGCACGCUUUUGCACAUGAAAGACGAAGAGCUUGAUGACAUGAUGAACAGCCUUUCCCAGAUUUUCCGGUGGGAUUUACUCGUCGGUGAGAGAUAUGGAAUCAAGGCCGCUGUCAGAGCCGAGAGGCGUCGCAUCGAGGAGGAGGAUUCACGGCGGCGCCUCCUCCUCUCCGGUGGUGCUAACACCCUUGAUGCACACUCCCAAGAAGGGUUGUCUGAGGAACCAGUGCAGCAAGAGAAGGAAGCAAUGGGGAGUGGAAGUGGUGCUGCGGGGACAUGGGAGAUGGGAAGGAAGAAGCAAAGGAGGAGGAAAAAGGGGAGGACGACGUCGGCCGGAAAAAUGAUAUCAUUGGAGGAGGAUGAUGAUGAUAGUGACGGAGGUGGUGGUGGCGCGGAGGAAGAUGAAAACGUGAUCGGUGGCGGAAGUGAGAGGCAGAGAGAGCACCCGUUCAUUGUGACGGAGCCAGGGGAGGUGGCGCGUGGGAAGAAAAAUGGGUUGGAUUAUUUGUUCCAUCUGUAUGAGCAAUGUAGGGAUUUCUUGAUCCAAGUUCAGAAUAUUGCUAAAGAAAGAGGUGAAAAGUGUCCUACUAAGGUGACCAAUCAGGUCUUCAGGUAUGCGAAAAAGGCCGGUGCAAGCUACAUUAACAAGCCGAAAAUGCGACAUUACGUGCAUUGCUACGCAUUGCACUGCCUGGAUGAGGAUUCCUCCAAUGCAUUGCGAAGAGCUUUCAAGGAGCGAGGCGAAAAUGUGGGAGCGUGGAGGAUGGCUUGUUACAAGCCUCUCGUGGCGAUUGCAUCCCGCCAGGGAUGGGAUAUCGACGCCAUCUUUAACGCGCAUCCACGCCUCUCCAUCUGGUAUGUUCCCACCAAGCUCCGGCAACUUUGCCACGCUGAACGGAGUAAUGCUGCUGCAGCUGGUGGUGCUUCUAGCUCUGUUACUGGUGUUAGUGGUCGUGCUGUAGUUCAGCAGCUACCAUUCUAGUUUACAGUAUAUGUUUUAUCUGGUUUGUUUGU